AUGGCGGAAGGACAGUUUAGUGGUGAGUUACUGAUCCGCUGUUCUGGUUCAGAGAAAAACUCGGCCGAGUCGGAUCAGGUCCAAACCAUCCGACACCCCUGUGACCCAGGUGUGCCCAGGAAUGAUGCUGUUUAUGAACUACCUGCACUUUCCAGCCUGGUCAUUCCAGCUUAUGAAGGAGAAACCUGUGAGGGCCACCCACAUGGACAAGGAGUCGCCUCUUUUGUUGGAGGCCACAUGUAUAAGGGCAUGUUUUCCAGAGGAUGCAUGGAUGGACAUGGUGUGUUUACAUGGACAUGCGGCUUAAAAUAUGAGGGAGAAUUUGUUUGGAACUCACUCAUGGGCCAAGGUUUGUACACCUGGCCAGAUGGCAGCUCCUAUAAGGGUGAAGUAUAUUAUGGGAUCCGGCAUGGAACUGGAACCUACAAAAGUGCCACCAGUGUGGUAUACAAAGGCCAGUGGUAUCAGGGCAAAAGGGAAGGAAAGGGUGCAGUUUAUUAUAACCAGGAGAAAACAUCUUGGUACAAAGGAGAUUGGGUGAUGAACAACAGAGAGGGAUGGGGAGAGAGACGCUACCCCUCUGGUAACCUUUACUCAGGUGAGUGGAAGAACAACCAGAGACAUGGAGAGGGAACCAUGAAGUGGCUGAAGCUUGGACAACAGUACCAUGGAACCUGGUAUAAAGGUGUUCGGCAUGGACGAGGCACACAUAUGUGGAUCCUAAGGCGACAGGAUGGAUCCCAGUAUUCCCAGAGCAACCAGUACACAGGGGACUUUUUCCAGGGUGAGAGACAUGGACAAGGAACCUUUCAUUAUGCAGGUGGUGCAAUCUAUGAAGGAGAAUGGAAGAACAACAAAAAGCAUGGGCAGGGAAAAUUCACUUUUAACAAUGGGAAGGUUUUUCAAGGGGAGUUUGUGGACGAUCAGAUGAUAAUUACCAGCCUGAGUGAUGACCGAACUCCCAUAACUCAUGAAUUCUUACCAUUGUCAGGUCCAGGACCAGAUGUGGCUCUCAGCACUGAAUACCUUCUGGAGAAAAUCCCUAAGACAAAACAUGAUGUUGAACAGAAACAGGUGGAGCUCAUGGUGCUGAGACACAACACAGAGCUGAGGUCCAUCUACAGCUUCUACAGCCGACUGGGUCACACACAGUCCCCAGACAACGUCUUCCUGCUGUCCCACCUGCAACUCUGGCGGCUGCUCAGAGACUGCAACGUCCACCAUCACGGUGUCACGCUGACACAAAUCAACCUGUUUAUUAGAGAGGAUGCCAGUUCAACAGAGGUCCACUCCCCUUUUAGCACCAUGCUGUUUCGCAGACUCCUCAGCUGCCUUGUGGUCGUGUCUUAUCACAUUUACCAUAGAGACAUGGAAUCAUCAGAUGAACCUAUUCUGGCAGCCUGCUUCUCCAAACUGAUGACAGACUGCAUCCUUCCUAAUGCCAUGAAUGUAAAAGGUUUUCUGUUCAGGCACUCAGACAGCACUUUGGAGGCUCUGAAAUACAUGGAGAAGAGUUGGGAGAUCUACCAGGCUUACAGUAGGGUCAACGCAGCCCCUCGAGAUGACAAAACCAUGACCUGCCGACACCUGCUGUGGAUGUUCAAGGAUCUCCAUCUGUUUGACAAUAAUCUGACCGCAGCGAGGUUACUGGAGAUCAUCACUGCAGAGAGCCACGACCCCAGCAACCAGUCCUCUUCCCUGGAUCUAGAGAUUACAUUCCUGGAGUUUUUUGAGGCUCUUCUGGGCUGUGCUGAGGUAAAGUGCCAAGAUGAUGUUCAUUCCCCAACUAAAGACAGUCUGGAAACAGAGGCCGUCGAGAAAACUCUACCGACUUUAAAAAGCCCCUCACAAACGGUAACGGCUUCAGCGGACACACCAAGGUUAUCAACUACUUACCAUACUGACAGUGGUCAUCUUGAGGUUGUGGACAAUGAGGCUCAGCCUUCUGGUUAG